UGUUACAGGUCAAUCAUGGGUGAAAGUAUUGGUAGAACAUCAGUGUUGAUGGGUGAGGAAAAAAGUUUGGUGUUUACGUUGGAAAAUUACGAGGAAGAAUUCAUUUCUUACAUUUUUAUUGUCACGUGGGUUUACGGUACCUUAGUUUUAUUAUUUUUAUUUUUAUUAUGUUUUAUUACAUUACUUUGUGAAUAGAUUAUGACCUCAUUCCCUAAUCCCAACCGCAAACCCACAAGUAAACACACCAAACAACUCUUAUACAAAUUCAAAGGGGUUUUGCCGCCAAUUCUCUCUUUCUCUUUAGCUUCCAUUACUGUUCAUUACUCAAGAAAAUCUUCUACUCCACCCAACAAUAACAAUUGUUAUGGCUGAAAAAAGAGCUAAGACGGCAUUGAUGAUGAUGGGUGAGGAGGAAGAUAGAAUUUCGGAACUACCUGAUUCACUCAUCCAACAUAUUCUCUCCUUUCUUUCAACUAAGGAUGCCGUUUCGACUUGCCUAGUUUCAAAUCGUUGGAAGCUCAUGUGGUAUUCUGUCUCCGAACUCUCUUUUUCUGAUUUUGAUUGGGCAAAUUCGAAAAAGUUUUACAAUUAUGUUAAUAAUUAUUUGGAACGCCGCAAAAGAGGCAACUAUUUUAUCCUAGAUUCCGCCAUAACUAGUUUUAAGCUUCACAUGACCAAUUCUUAUCAAAGAAGAAUGGCUCGUGACCUAGAUAAAUGGUUAGCUUUCAUAGUUGAGAAGAAAGUGAAGGAAAUAAAUCUUCGCGUGAACAAGCAGAGGAGUUACAGGGGUGAUAUUCACUACUACUCAUUGCCUAAAACUUUAGCUGUCAACGCAAGAUAUUUGACUACAUUGAUAUUGAAUUCGGUGGAGUUGGAUUCUCGUUACUCGUUUAGCUUUCCAUCUUUGAAAACAUUGACAUUAGCUUGUGUUAGGCUUGUAGGUAAUGAUGCAGUAGAUAAGCUAUUAAUGGGUUCCCCUUCCCUUGAGAAGUUGCAGUUGCAUUUUUGUUGUUUUUCCACUGAUACUCAAUUCCGCAUCAGCAUACAACAUAGUUUAAGCCUCAAGUUUUUGGAUAUUAAACUCACCAAGGAUUUGGUGGAGCGAAUCGCACUCAUAAAUCUUGAAUCUUUGUACCUAGCAAGUGUUUCCUUUGACAAGAUAAAACUCUCUGCAUGCAAGGCAAUUAGAAUUCUCAACUUAACUUGUUGUUGGGGUAAGGAAGAGUCAUCAUCAUUAGAGUAUCUCAUUUCUAACCUUCCUCUUCUUGAGAAAUUGACUUUGUGCAAGUGGAAGUUAGAGCACAUUGAGAUCUCGAAUCAGCACUUGGAAAAUCUCUCAAUACAUAACUCUUGUCACGGUGUCAUGAAUGUUGUAAUUAAAUCAACUCCAAAAUUAACAACAUUUAUUUAUGUUGGUGAUGUCAGAUUUAGGAUGUCAAUGGAGUCUUCCAAUUUGUUGUUUGGAAUAUUUGUGAUUAAGGGGCAAGAGAACUAUGACAUCUAUUGGUUUAUCAAUUUGAUGAAUUUUCUUUUGAAUCUCAACUGUUCUUGGAGAUGCAUAGACAUUCAUGUUAAAUCAGAGGAGGCUCUUAUGUUUCCCGAUAUCUUGAAGAGGGUAUGUCGUUCUCCUUUGGUCAAUUGGAAACAUCUUCGAUUUUUCACUGAAUGCAAACCUGAGAGGGAAUCGGACUUGAAAAAUGCUCUACAAUGGAUUUCUCCUACAUUAUCUAUAAUGAAAAGGCGCCUUUCGAAAAGGUUUUUUAAAUUGUAAUAGAAAGAAGAAUGGAGUGUUUGGUAAGAAAUAAUGGAGUGUUUCUUGGCUCAUUUGGAAAGGUGAUGAAAAAUGGUUUGUUAAAUGUUGGAUAUUUCUUAGCUGUAUGAUACAUAAGAUUCUAAAGUGAUUUUCUGCUAUUUCUUUUUUUCAUUCUAUUUUUCUUCUGAUAUUAUUAGUAAUUGAAAAAGGGCAUCCUUUAAAGAAAUAGGUUAGUUCUUCUUUGUAUAAACUAAUAGAAAGAUACAGAAUCUCACUGUCAAUUAUAUCUUAAUUACUGAUUUGUAUUA